CCCAUUGAGUCCCCGGAUUGACGAUUUUUUGAUCACCAGCAGACAAUUGGCACCCUAAUCAGACCUUUAAAUUCUAAUCAUCCAUCCUCGCCCUUCCUCCACUUCAAUCCCCCCUCCCCCCCACACACAAACCCAACAAGAUAACAAGAAUGCACCUCCGCCCCGCGCACCGCCGCGACAUCCCCGCGAUCUCGUUGCUAUGCACGCAAGCCUUCGCGACAGAGCCACUCUUCACAGCACGCCACCCCUACCGACAACAGCACGCCGACGACUUCCGCCGGGCCUUCUCGCGCUCGCUGCACACGCACCUGCUGUCGCGCAACACGCUGAUCCUCGUCGUCGAGGCCGUCGGCCAGGUCGUCGGUGUGGCCGUGUGGAUUGCUGAUGGCACCACCGGGCCGUGGUUGGAGAUGAAUACCGGGUGCGGGAUCUUGACUGAUCUCGAGCGCUACUUCCUUCACCUCACGACGCCACUGCAGCCAACAGACCGCAGCAUGUCACCCGCAGUAUCCUCCGAGCUGACCCGCGCGUUCACCGCGCUGUCGACGCUGGUGCCAGCGCGACGCCUGCACCUUGCGCUGCUGGGGGUGCACCCGGAGUGGCAGCGGCGCGGGGUGGGAAGGCUGAUGGUCGAGGAGGGCAUGCGGAUUGCGGCCGAGGAGGGCGUCCCCGUAAUGCUCGAGGCCACUGGGAGUCCUGACAGGUCCGGGUUGUAUAGGAAACUCGGCUGGAGGGAUGUGGGUGAGCUCGUCCUGGAGCAGGCGAAGCAUAGGGGCCCUGUGAUGCGGUGGGAUCCGCCGAUAGUGGAGGGGAUGGAGAGGAAAGAGAGGGAGAAGGGGGAGAAGGGGGAGAAAAGGGAGAAGGAGGUGUGGGAUCUGUUUGGUGCCGUUGUCGUGUAAUGGCUGGAU